AUGCCGCGAAGUUUCGAGCAGGAGGACAUUGAAGAGGAACAGAGGCAUCUCGCGAACGUCAUUGCCACCUUCAAUCAGUAUGCAUCAUACUCCCUGUCUGCGAAUAACCGCCGCCGAAAGGACAUCUACAAGCUCCCGCGAGGCGACCAGGAGCUCCUGACGGUCCUAGGGUACAAGACGAAGCUGCACGAAGUGGACGAGGCGAUCAUCGCCAACGACAAGUUUUUGAAGCAGAUCAUCGCAGACCCCGAAAUCUUCGGGCAUGACGUCGACCCCGAGAACGAGAAGAACGAGGAGCAGGACUACCACGAACAAGAAGGCAUACAAGACUCGCAGGCAUCGCACUCACAUGCACAUGAUGAUCCAUCGCAUUCGCACUCGCACGGUCACGGUGGGCAUUCGCACUCACAUGCGGCGUCAGGUGGACAUGCGGGACAUAGCCCCUCUGGGGGCAAGUAUCGGCCCACGGAGAACGACGUGGACAAGCUGCGCAGCACGAUCAAACAGUUUGUCCGUGACUGGAGCGAGGAGGGAAAGGGUGAACGUAAUCUUUGCUACGAGCCAAUGAAGCAAGCUUUGGUCGAGCAUUUUGCUCAUGUGCCUGCAGAGGAGAGGUCGAGGUUGCGUGUCCUUGUCCCCGGUGCUGGCCUCUGUCGUCUGGCAUGGGACGUAGCAAAUUUAGGAUUCGCAUGUCAGGGUAACGAAUUCUCGCACUACAUGCUUCUGGCUUCGUUCUUCAUCUUGAAUAGGACGACCAAAGUAAACGAACACACGAUCUACCCAUACAUCCACUCGUUCUCCAAUCUCACAGACAAGAACGCCCUCCUGCGACCCAUCUCGUUCCCGGACGUGUCACCUUCGUCUCUGCCAUCGAAUUCCAAUUUCUCGCUCGUAGCAGGAGAUUUUGAGGAGGUUUAUGGUCCAGACGAUUACGAGUACGGCGAGCCACAGGCUGGCCUCUGGGAUGCGAUCCUCACAUGCUUUUUCAUAGACACUGCUAAGAACAUUGUCAAUUACCUUCGUAUCAUCCAUCGCAAACUGGCCCCUGGAGGUGUCUGGAUCAAUAUGGGCCCUCUGUUAUGGCAUUGGGAGAACAAUUCCUCGGGAGACACCUCUAUAGAACUAAACGUGGAAGAGCUGAAAGAGCUUGCUCGUAAGAUUGGAUUUGAGAUCUGUGACGAACGAACCAUUGAUACAACAUAUACUAACAAUUCGCAAAGCAUGCUUGGCUAUAUUUAUCACACAGCCUUCUUCACCGCGACCAAAAAGGCGUAG